AUGAGCAGAACUCCUUCUCCAGUAAUAGUCUAUGCACCAUUGCCGGAAUCUCCCACACAGAUAGACUAUACUCCAUUGCCAGACAUCCAGGGCUACGAUAUUAGCACUCCCCAGUGCAAAAGGAGAGUUGCUAAAGGAGCACGUCAAGGCAACACCAAAAAAAAAAGGCAUGGCAAUUUGAGCAAUGCUUCAAUUGAGGAUCUCUUGGAUGACAAUGAGCCAUCUGAUAUGGCUAUGAUGGAUGUUGAGCAAGGACCUGGUGAAUCUGAAGCCAACAUGAAUGAUGAUUCCGAGGAUUUUCUGCAAUUUGCUGAGGCAGUAGUGGCAGAAGAAUGCCCUAUCUUUCAGUUAACCGAGCGGAUGUUUGUUGUGAGUGGCUGGAAUGCAGCCAAAAGAGAGUCAAAUAAAUUCUGGUACCACGCUAUGCGGGAUAAUACCCAGGACACAGUUUCAGUUGUUUGUCUGUGUCCACUUAACCGGUUGCAAGCAUGUUAUCAUGUGAGGUACCUGACCGAAGAACUUCCGCACAAUGCGACAGUAAACGAAGUAUCUCUAUCUGCCUAUCAAGAGGCACGAGCAUUUCUUUUCUACAGAAACGAAGGUGUCAUGGAUAACUUUUAUACCAAUAUUUUUUCAAUCCCAACUUCCACACGAUUUCCAACCAUUAAGAAUCGUAGCAUUGUUGAGCAUUAUGGAGACGACUCUGGUAAUGGGACAUGGAAAUGUAGCAGGGAUCAAGGCGCAACAUCAUGCUCCCACAUUGUACAAGCCCGUCACGCACUGCAGAAGUAUAUUCAUGGAGACUGGAAUGCACAAGAUGAAACCAUUGAUAGUAGUGUAGCUACAGAUGGUGUUCAAUUUGGUGGAGUUCCAUUACGACAGGUUUCUGGAGUUGCUGAAUCAAUUUCGUAUAAGCGAAUUCCACCUCCCUGUUGGUCCCAAAUUGGGGCAGACCCUCCUGCACCACCCAGAGUUAUUUUCAACUCACCGCCAUCAUCUAUUUCUCUAGGUGACAAUGGCACAUGUAUCUGCUCCAACCCUAGGGAAUGUUUUGACCCAUUUAGGCCGUCAAUCGACAAAGAGUGUACUGUUUAUACACUUACCGGUGCUUCUAAGGCAGUAAUCUCACUGCAACAAUGUCUAAAAUGCUCACACCGUUUUAUUGGGCCAGAAUGCAGUGAUCUGGGUUUAUUCAAUUUCAAUAACACCAGCCUCUUUGCCCAUGAUCUGUUGGACGACUACACAAGUGCAUUUUCCACCUCGGAAACUCCAUUUAUAUCCUGGGUUAACACUGUGUCACGGCGCUAUCAACUUCGUGGGUCUGACGUCCCCUUUGCAAGCGACAAGCUCUUUCGUGCUGCUUGGUUCUCCUAUUCACGGCUAUUGCUAUUAGAAAAUGACAUGACCUGUUUAGAAUGUGGCCCAAAUCCCAAGGCAACAAUAUGGGAUGGAGUAACUGUAGCAUUCAGUCGUCAAAUGCUUCUACCUUCGCUUCAUCCACCAACGUUAACAGGUCCCUCUUCAAUUGAGAGGCCAGAGGUUCAUCCCACAUCUAAUCUGCACGCUAUUCCAAACCGAAAUAUUCGUAUACUUAUCCGAUUCAUUCUCAAGGGCCCACCACUCACUACACUGUCAACCGAAGCAGAGGUCACAGAGGCUAGUCCACAUUUUGAGAGAAACAAGAAAAUUGUAGAACGCCUAUCAAAAGUCUCGGAACUAGUCAACAAGCUUUCCAAUAUUAACACACAUCUAGGUAAUCUGUUUAAUAGUCAGUUUGGACUCUCCGCUGUUUUCAGAAAGCAAUCCAUCCCUGAAGUUUACAUUAAAUUCUUUCUCCAGGUCGCUGCGGAUGAGUCAAUCCUACAAGCCUUACCAUAUCCUUCAAUCUUGAGCCUGAGGCGAUUUCUACGAGAUCCUAGUGCACAGCAUAUUACCUGGUUGCGAUAUACACCUUUCAUUCAACGUGUCAUCCAACAUGAAGUGCGCUUCGGGAAUAUUUCAGCAGAUACCUUAGCAGUAUGUGAGUGGCUCUACGUGCGGGCUAUGGCUGUGUUUAGCAUCAUCAAAGUGCAUGAUGGACCGGCCAAAAAUGAUGACACUGUCAAUUCAAAUAUUGAGCAGGAAGAUUGGCUUAAGACAGGCUGCCACUAUGCAAUGGCACAGAUCCGUGAACGGCCAAAAUAUCCCAACCUCCCAUAUGAAGCCGGAAAUGAUCUUGUUGGCGCCAAUGAAGAUGAGGACACUUGUCAUAAGUACUAUUCAACAUAUUCCAAGAAGCGCCUCACCGGUGGAAUCAUGUGUGUCUGGUGCACACACAGUGUUUGCUACGGUUUCCAUUGCAUCCGCGCAGCCGAAGGCCGCAAUGAUGUAUUUUCAGCAAUAUACACACGGUGGAAACAGGCUCCGGAGGUCAUCGUCUACGAUUUUGCUUGCGCACUUCAACCCUACUGCAUGUCACGCGAGCCAGACUUCUUCAAAAACACGCGUUUUGUGAUCGACAUUUUUCAUUCCAGUGAACACAAAUGUGGGGAGGCCUGUUUCUUGGCCACAUACUGCCAGGAAAACCCAGACCUUCUACGAUUGAACUCAAGUGCAGCGGAAUGUGGCAACAGUGGUAUUUCCAAGAUCAGGAAAGGGGUUAGUUACAUGACUCAAGACCGUGCUGUCAUGUAUAUGAAGGUUUUUUUUUCAUUAUGGAAUCGACAGCAGAUCAGAAAAAUGGAAAGGACUGGGAUUAGGAACUAA